CCCGGAGCUGGGCCCUGCAGCCCAAGCUGACCACCCGCUCUGCCCGACCUCCCUUGCAGCUACUACCUGAAGGAAUCCAAGGGCAGCCGACGGUGGCUACUCUUUCUGGAAGGAGGCUGGUACUGCUUCAACCGGGAGAACUGCGACUCGCGGUAUGACACCAUGAGGCGCCUCAUGAGCUCCAAGGACUGGCCACGCACUCGCACAGGCACGGGGAUCCUGUCCUCCCAACCAGAGGAGAACCCCCACUGGUGGAACGCCAACAUGGUCUUCAUCCCCUACUGCUCCAGUGACGUCUGGAGUGGGGCUUCAUCCAAGUCUGAGAAGAACGAGUACGCCUUCAUGGGCGCCCUCAUCAUCCAGGAGGUGGUGCGCGAGCUUCUGGGCAAAGGGCUGAGCGGGGCCAAGGUGCUGCUGCUGGCAGGGAGCAGCGCGGGGGCCACGGGGGUGCUGCUGAACGUGGACCGCGUGGCCGAGCAGCUGGAGGAGCUGGGCUAUACGGCCAUCCAGGUGCGGGGCCUGGCUGACUCCGGCUGGUUCCUGGACAACAAGCAGUACCGCCGCACGGACUGCAUCGACACCAUCACCUGCGCUCCCACGGAGGCCAUCCGCCGGGGCAUCAGGUACUGGAAUGGCGUGGUCCCAGAGCGCUGCCGGCGCCAGUUCAAGGAAGGCGAGGAGUGGAACUGCUUCUUCGGCUACAAAGUCUACCCAACCCUGCGCUGCCCGGUGUUCGUGGUACAGUGGCUGUUUGACGAAGCUCAGCUGACUGUGGACAAUGUGCACCUCACGGGGCAGCCGGUGCAGGAGGGCCAGUGGCUCUACAUCCAGAACCUGGGCCGUGAGCUUCGAAACACACUCAAGGACGUGCCGGCCAGCUUUGCCCCUGCCUGCCUCUCCCACGAGAUCAUCACCCGGAGCCACUGGACAGACGUCCAGGUUAAAGGGACCUCGCUGCCCCGGGCGCUGCACUGCUGGGACAGAAGCCUCCAUGACAACCACAAGGCCCGCAAAGCCCCCCUGCAGGGCUGCCCAGUCCACCUGGUGGACAGCUGCCCUUGGCCCCACUGCAACCCCUCCUGCCCCACCAUCCGGGACCAGUUCACGGGGCAGGAGAUGAACGUGGCCCAGUUCCUCAUGCACAUGGGCUUCGAUGUGCAGAAGGUGGCGCAGCAGCAGGGCCUGGAGCCCGGGAAGUUGCUCGGGAUGCUGAGCAGCGAGAGCUAGUGGGCCUGUCCCCAGCCGCCCUGCCAGGCUCUCCUUCCCUCCUGGGACAGUGGCCAGGCCGACCCCACCCUGGGUCUGGACACCCCCCACCUGCCGACAGCCUGCACUGCCUCCCCCUGCCUUCGGGGAAGGUGGACCUGCAGUCAGCCCCGCUGCGGCCCUGGGACACCUCCCCCGGCUCCCCCUCCCCGCCACCGCCUCCCCCCACCUUGGGGAACCAGAAGCACCAGAUCCCUCAGCCCCUGACCCAGGAGCCACCUCCCAGCCAGCCCCCACCCUCUCCCACCCUUUUGUAUUAUUUUAUAAAGUGACUUUUUUUAUUA